ACACAUCGGUUCCGUGAGCAAUAUUGCUCUCCUCACUGUAAGCCUGUCCCAGCUCGCGGGGACGUCAUCAAGGAGUAGAGAUCUAGUAAGGAACGACAACUCUUAACUCAGUGUAACUCUUGGCUGUGUUGAAAUUGGCGUUCGAUACAGCUGCCUUUCAGUGAGAAGCAAAAAAACAAACCAAUUCAAAGACAGGAUCAUUGUCGACACUCUACACACUAAACUUCUGCUCUACAUUAAGACCAAUUUCACAACAACUCUAGAAGCAAUCGUACUUGAGUGCCAGUAUUCCUGGUUUCAGUUUUAAAACGUGGGAAUUUCGAUUUCAUCUCACGAACUGGUCAGACUAGUGCAUGAUGUCAGGAAAAGAUGUGUAAAUCAUUUCACUUGGAAGAAAAGCCGCUGAAAAGAUAACUGCAGCGCAAGACAAUAUGUGACGGAGAGAGUACUCCCCCUUUGAUUUGGUGACACCAAGGCUCCGGACAGACAUUGGCGCCACAAACUAUAAAUGUAGAUUUCGUUCUUCCAGAAUUUCGACACGUUUUUUUCGACCACAGAAAAAUAAGUUGAACUUAAAAUACAAACAAAACAGUUUGGAGUCAGCAAAGCAGCCAUGUUUAAAAUCGUAGAGACUUCAGUCCAUGUUGUGUCUGGUUGUCACAUCUUCCUGGGACUGUUGAGUGUGAUCGUUGGUGUUAUAAGUAGCAUCAAGGCAGACGUUUGGCUGGCACAUAGAGUCUCACCCAUCUGGAGUGGAGGAUUUUUCCUGGUGGCUGGUAUUCUAGGAAUAUGGUGUGCCCGGAGAAAGUCAUCGUAUGUGAUCAUGUGUUUCACAGCCUUCUCUGUCGUAUCCAUGGUAGUAGCGGUGGUCAGCAUUCAACUGUUGAGGGUUGGUUUGGUCAACUACACGACAGAUGGACACACGUUUCAAAAAGAAAAACAGGAUGUUCUGAUCUACUUAUCUUUAGCUGCAGCUGGUACUGAGAUACUUGUGUGCAUGGCGGCCAUCAUUCUUAGCUGCAGGAUAGCUCGUGUGGCUAAAGAGGAGCUGAGCAAACAGAGGGAUGGCAUGUUUUAUGUUAAGGUGCUGGGUCAGAAGGACAUUGUUGUGGUCACUAAGCCUGUAGAUGACAAUGAUGAACUCACUGCUGUUUGACUCAAAUGAUAGAACUGGGACAAUUUGAAAGGAGCAAUGCAACAAAGGGGUACAACUCACCAUAAUAAAUUAAUAAGAAUCAACGUCUCAGAAUUAACUUUCUUGGUUAAUGUACCUUUGAAAUUGUUUUGUAUAAUCUUAAUGACAAGUAUUUUGUGAAAACUGCGACAUUUGUGUGAGUAGAUCAAGUGAACAUGUUUAUCGUAAUGAACAUGUCAUUUUUUGGUCUUUUUUUUUUUACAUAGUCAAAUAUGAAUUUAUGGUUUGAAUGUACAUUGUUUUCUCUAUUUCAUAUAUUUAAAUUUGACAAUGUAAGGGUUUUUAAUAAUUUGGUAAUAAAAGUUACAUACCACUCACUGUAUUCUAUAUGAUGUAACUUUGUAGUCCUCGAUACUCUGUAGUCCAAAAGUGACAUAUUAUAGUGUACUAUAAGAUAUAGCCAAUAUCCAUCAAUACCAUAAGACUAUGCACAUUGUUUGUUCUGUAAGUUGGCGAUGUCCCUACAAAUAAAGGCACACUUAGUGUGGCAUAGUUCAAAACUAAAUACAGUUUACUAUCUUGAAGUUAUUCGAACCGUUGAUUUUAAUUUAAAGCUUGUUCUGGCUUUACUGAUGCCACCAGCGGUAACUUAUCAAGAGACAAUCUUAUUAAUGAUAGUCUAAUCGAAAUGUUCUUCAUAUUUCUAAAUGUGUGAAUCCCUAUUCUAGUAAGUAUACCAGAGGUUCAUAGUUAAACCAUUAUAGAAAAAGAGUAAAGCUUACACUAACAAAUAAUGGCUGGAAUAGCUAAAAAUAUUUUCCGGGGAAAAAUUCAUGAGGAAGAUAAGGAGGGGGAGGGGUUACUCAAAAAAAAUAUUUACAGGGAGAGAACUUAGAAUGAUAAAGUCUCGAUUAGAUUAUUUUAAAGACAACGGUAGUUGAGGAUAGGUAGCAGUGGCAAUAAGAAUAUAGAGAAUAACUUCUGCUACUAGCUAGAGUUACUAUGUGUGUGUGUUCAUUUAUGUGGUACUGUUUGGGAGUAGUUGUGUGAACAUUUCCGUUACGAGUAGAUUUAUUGUCAAGGCGCAUUACUCUGUAUGGCCCAACUAACAACCUUGUUCCACAUCUGUAAUAUCACGUUUCAAAUCAUGUUUGGUACAUUAAUCAAUGUGUAAUUGAAGCAUUUCAGUCGAUGUAAAAUUACAACUCAAGAUUUAUUUGGAAAAUUUUAUUCUGAAGAUAAAAUGAGCUGUGAUAUACAAAUGAGGUUUCAGCAAUAAAUUUUGUUUUCAAUUA